ACUUCAUUCACCAUGGUGAAGUAGGUGUAUUUCUUUAAAGAAUCACUGAAUUAAAAUAUUUAACGGGGAACAGCUGUAGUUGAUUUGUGAUACCUAGGUAUGUGUUGUACGAGCCGAUACGACUAUAUACACGUCGAGGUGCGCGUAUGUUAUAUUGCCAUGAGAGCUAAGUAACCACCUUGGAAAUUAGUUCAACGAGGACGUGUUCUCGUCACGCCAUACAGGGUGUCGUUGACGUAACCAACGGAGCAGACCCAAGAGAGGGGAACCGAAAGAUAAUCUUCCCGAAGAAAGCUAACUAUCUAUUAUCUAUCUAGAAAUAAUAAUGGUUUGUCUUUGUACCUAGGUAGUCAAAACUAAUGGAACCCUUCCUAUCUCGAAGCAUGCGAUAUAUCCGGGUCUAUCCACACGUGGGCGUCGCCGUGGUUGUGUGCCACCAUAGACAAGGUCAAUCACGACAUUGGAAUAACGCCGUCGAGACUUGGUAGUUACAUAUACUAAUGGCGAGUACGUAAUUUCACAUACAAUACUUAACUUGACUUAUAUGGGCAUAUAAAAACAUUCUACCCACUUGUCAAUUUUCAUGUCUAGAAUGAAAAGGAUAUCCUCAUUCUUGCAGAGGGACAGUUCCAAACCUGAGCAUCAUAAUGUCGACAAGUGAGCAAAACCCGAAAACCACGGCACGUUCCGUACUUCAUGAAAUACCAGGCCGGCAUGGAGCGAAUAUUAGAAUUGCUUCGCGUAUUGCGAACUUUUGGAUUCGGCUUAUGACUUCUGUCGGGUGGUACCCUAAGAGUAUGCCAGAGGAAGAGAAACGGCUGAUCUUGAAACUUGACCUCAGCAUUUUGAUAUUUGGUUGUCUAUCUUUCUUUACCAAAUAUCUCGAUCAACAGUCUAUCACCAAUGCAUAUGUCAGUGGCAUGAAAGAGGAGCUGGGUAUGUACGGUGACCAAUUAAAUUAUAUCACGGCCACCUUCUGGGCAUCAUAUUGUACCUUCAUGAUCCCGGCCUGCUAUUUUCUAACACACUAUCCCGCCAAUCGAGUUCUGCCAGCUCUAGAAAUAGGAUGGGGGUUGUCUACCUUUGGCCUUGCCUGGGCUAAGAAUGUUGAAACGUUAUAUGCCAUGCGCUUCUUCACCGGUAUUUUUGAAUGCUGUUCAUUCACCGGAACUAUAUACAUCAUCGGUUCUUGGUACAAGCCAGGAGAGAUCGGGCGUCGUGUUGCUCUAUUUUUUAUCGCGAGUCCUUUGGGGACUAUGUUUUCUGGCUAUCUGCAAGCAGCUGCUUAUACAAACCUGAACCAAGUUCACGGCUUAGCAGGCUGGAGGUGGCUCUUCAUUGUCGAUGCAAUAAUUACACUUGCAAUAGCAGCAUUCGGCUUCUUUGUAUUCCCCGAUGUGCCAACUAGGAAGAAGCCACGGUUUAUCACAAAGGAAGAGCUUGCUCUUGCUCGUAAGCGCAUCGAAGGACUAGUGGCACCUCCGCAAUUGAAACUAUCUCGUGACAUAUUCAAACGGGUAUUUUCUCGGUGGCAUUGGUACCUUUUCGUACUCCAGUGGUCAUUGAUGGAUCAAAACUUCCUACCUGGCGCCCAGCCAUUCUCGUUAUAUCUGAAGGCAAAAAGUAACAUAUACUCGGUUGUCCAGAUAAACACAAUACCUACUAUCGUCACGGCAGUGAGCAUUGUCGUGGCUUUGUUCUGUGGUGUAUUUGCAGAUAGGACAGGUCGGUUCUGGCUUCCCGCCAUAGCCGUCACUUUCCCUGUUCUCGCGGGUAUGAUACUGCUUGUUGCUUGGGAGGUUGGCGAGAGUGGUCGGCUAGCCGGGUUCAUCCUCACUGGUUUUGAGGCAGCUUGCUCACCCCUCACAAUGGGCUGGGCAUCUGUGGUUAUGGCUGGGGAUGCGGAAGAACGUGCGGUAGUGACGGCUAGCAUGAAUGCUAUCGGUCAAGCCAUCACAGCGGGAACGCAAGUUGUCCAGUAUCCGGCCAGCCGCGCACCCAACUUCCGCGGUGGAUUCAUUAGUGUCCUCGUCACGACAGUAGGACAAUUCGGUACCAUCCUUGCUAUUUUAUUCUUGAGUCACAGAGAUCGUAAAAGCCAACAGACAGCGCUGUCAUCCGAGCCGGAAGAGGGGUCUGAGAACGUUGGACUAGGAAAAACAGUGGAAGCCGUUCCUUAAAAUGGGUUCCCAAUGAAGCUGAAUACUGAUCGAUCUCUUGAUGCGAUAUUAUAAUAGUUAAAAGACUCUGAUAAUAUAUUCAAUAAUAUAAUAUGCGAGUCCAGUUUAUGCGACAUUCCAUGAAUAUAUCGUCUUCUAUAGAUUGUGAAGAAGGAACCUAGGAAGUCCUUGUCCAAGAC